UGUGACACUCUCGCUCUCGCUCUCCUUCGCUCGUUUGUUUUUGUUCCUCCUCUUUUUUCUUCACGUCUAAAAUGGAGCUCGCUGGGAUGUAGCCGCUCGUCGGGUCCUCUUCACCUCGUCACUGUUGGAGAAUGAUCCAUCGGCAGGUUCUUUUAUCCCAGAACUUGUACCAGAAUCGCUUCCUGGGCCUGGCGGCCAUGGCAUCUCCAACCCGCAACAGCCAGAACCGCCAACGCUGUAAAGGUGCGGUUCGUCACAGCUACGGACCGGAGAGCUACGCUGUCAACGGUCUGGACCAGGAGGCCUUCAUGCUGGGUCUGGCACGAUCCACCAGCGACACUGACCUGGUCUCCCCAGACGCCCGCUCCACCCUCACCAUCAGUGCCUCCUACUACACCAUCAGCCAGUCCGAAGACCUGGUUAUCACGUGGGAUAUCAAAGAAGAAGUGGAUGCCGGAGACUGGAUUGGAAUGUACCAUGUUGAUGAAACUUUGUCGGAGAACUUUCUGGACUACAAGAACCGAGGCAUCAGCGGCUCUCAUAAGGGACAGAUAGUCUGGAAAAUUGACUCCAGCUCCAACCUCAGUGACUCUGAGACCCAGGUCUGCUUCAGAUACUACCACGGCGUUACUGGAGCUCUGAGGGCGACCACACCCACUGUGACCAUCAAAAAAGGCCCUGCACCUGUGUUAAAACCAGUGGUUAGUCCUGAAGUCAACCAUGGACUGGGCAACAGGAGACUCAUUAACUUCUCGCUCUCAGACCUCCAGGCAAUCGGUCUGAAGAAGGGCAUGUUCUUCAACCCCGACCCCUACCUGAAGCUCUCCAUCCAGCCAGGGAAGCACAGCAUCUUCCCCUCACUGCCACACCACGGCCAGGAGAAACGCUCCGGGGUCGUCUGCAACACAGUCAACCCACAGUGGAGCACAGAGAGGUUUAACUUUGUGUCUCUGCCCACCGACGUCCUUGAGAUCGAGGUGAAGGACAAGUUUGCCAAGAGUCGUCCGAUCAUCAAGCGUUUCCUGGGGAAGCUCUGUGUUCCUGUGCAGAGGCUCCUGGAAAAACACGCCAUCGGGGAUCGGGUGGUGAGUUACUCUCUGGGCCGCAGGUUGCCAACAGAUCACGUCUGUGGACAGCUGCAGUUCCGCUUUGAGCUGACCUCAUCCAUUCACCCAGAUGAUGAGGACGUGUCUCUGGUCAUAGAGACGGCCUGUCCUGAGGGACGAAACGCAGAAGAUGUCCACCAUGAUGAUGACACACUGAGUGUGGGACCUGACAUGCCUGACCUCCCCCUGGACAUCCCGCCUGUCCCCGAGAUGACCGCAGAGGAGCCCACGCCGGAGGAGGUCCCACCUGUUGCUGAGGAGGAGGAGCCGUCACCAGAGGUGGAGCCUGUAAAUGUGGAGGAGGAGAGCACAGAGAGGGAGGAGCCAGUGUCGGCAGAGCCUCAGGUGGAACUGGUGGAGCAGCAGGAGGAGAACAGUGGAGGAGGUGCAACAGAGGGAGAAGAAACAGAGGAGGUAAGGCAUCAGGAAGAAGGAGAGGAGGAGCAGAGGGAAGAGUCUGCACCCCAGACUGAGGAGGUUCCAGAGGAGGUAGAGGAGGUUGGGCAGGAAACACAACCAACGCCAGAACCUGACAAUCCUGUGACAACAAAUGAUGAAGCCACGGCCGUGGAGGCUCCUCAGGAGGAGACAGAGGGAGGAGAGAGGGGCUGCACCUCCUGCUCCUGCCAGUCCCUCUUGUCAAACUGCAACUCCCAGGCUCCCUCACGCCGGAAAAACCGGCCCUGCUCCCUCCCGGUGUCAGAGCUAGAGACAGUGAUCGCGUCAGCCUGCGGCGAGCCGGAGACGCCGCGGUCCCACUACAUCCGGAUUCACCACCUCCUUCACAGCCUCCCGUCAGCUCAGUGCAGACCUCCCAGUCAGGAGGAGGAAGAAAACUCAGUGACUGUUCAGGACACCACGUCCACGUCACCUACACUCAAGAGCUGCAAAGACAGAGAUGAGGAGGAGGAAGAGGAGGACGACGACACCACACAGUCUCCCUCUCAGGUUCCAGAGUGUCCAGGUCCCUGCUGCCGUCGCUCUCUCCCCCGCAGCCUCUCCAUCGAACGUCUGUCUGAGCUGAACCAGCUGCUGGAGGGUGAGGGAGGAGUUCACGUGUCCAUGAGGAGGAUUUCUCCCUCCUGCCUGGAGAGUGAAGAGGGCGACUCCAGUCACGGAGGAGGAGGAGGAAGAAGAAGAGUCUGCAUGCAGAACACACUCAGGCCUCCGGGUGAAAACGAGUGCGAGUUCUGCGACACUUCCUGCUACAGCACCUCCUGCUACAGCACUUCCUGUUAUAGCACGUCAUGCUACAGCAACUCAGGCUACGAGGGGAGGGGCCGCUUCUGCAGCCACACCCGUCUGUCCUCAGUGGACAGCAACAGACUCUCCGGCAGCACCGUGUUCUCCUCACAGGAUGAAGAGGAAGAUGAGGAGAGCGCCUUCGAGUCGGUGCCUGACGGCGGGAACACGCCAGAGGGCCAGGAGGCGGGAGGAUCAGGAGGAGAGAGGACGGCAGGGAGGUGGAAGGAGACCAGGAGAGGAGAGCAGGGGGAGCCGGCUGUGGCCGGACCCAGCGACAGGAGCAGUGUCGGCUCAGGCUCCUCCCCUCCCGUCGGCCAUCUUCCAGUCCUGCGACCCAGCCAUGACCUUAACCAUUUUCCUGCUGCCACUGACCCAGCCUUACCUCCAAACUGGGAAGCUCGUAUCGACAGUCACGGCAGAGUUUUCUACGUAGACCACGUCAACAGGACGACCACGUGGCAGAGACCGAGUCACAGCGGCAAGUGUAACCAUGGCAACCAUGGCAUCCCUCGCUCAGGAUCCACCCAGCAGAUGGAGCAGCUCAACAGGAGGUACCAGAACAUCCAGAGGACCAUGGCCACAGAGGAGGAGGGAGGGAGCCAGAGGUUAGAGCGCAGCAGCAGCACAGAGACUGAUCCAGACUCUCUUCACACAGGUCCUUCAUCUCCUGUCAGUCACCAGAAGAUCAGUCAUCUCCUCCAGUCACCUGCAGUCAAGUUCAUCACACACCCAGAGUUCUUCACUGUGUUGCACAGUAACUAUGCAGCUUACCGGAUGUUCACCAGCAGCAGCUGCGUCAAACACAUGAUCCUGAAGGUGCGACGCGACGCCAGGAACUUUGAGCGCUACCAACACAAUCGAGACCUGGUGGUUUUCAUCAACAGGUUUGCAGACACUCAGCUGGAGCUGCCACGAGGCUGGGAGAUCAAGACUGACCCUCAGGGCAAGUCUUUCUUCGUGGACCACAACAGUCGGGCAACGACGUUCGUCGACCCUCGCAUCCCUCUGCAGAACGGCCGGCUGCCGGGUCACCUCGCUCACAAACAACAUCUACAGAGACUACGCAGCUACAGCGCAGGAGAGGCGUCUGAAGUGUCCAGAAACCGCGGUGCCUCUCUGAUGGCCAGACCAGGAAACAGUCUGGUCGCCGCCAUAAGAAGCCAGCACCACGGAGACUCACACCUGGGUCCAUCGUACAAUGAUAAGAUCGUAGCAUUCCUUCGACAGCCAAACAUAUUGGAGCUGCUGCAGGAGCGACAGCCGAGCCUGAGCAGGAACCAUGCACUGAGAGAGAAGAUCCACUAUGUCCGGACAGAGGGGACCCAGGGUGUGGAGAAGCUGUCAUGUGACGCAGACCUGGUCAUCUUAUUAAGCCUGUUUGAAGAGGACAUCAUGUCCCAUGUCCCGCCUCAGCCCGUCCACCCCGGCUUCAGCUUCUCUCCUCGCUGUUCUCCCGUCUCCUCCCCUCAGAACUCACCUGGCUUACAGCGAGCCAGGGCUCCGGCUCCUUACCGCAGAGACUUUGAAGCCAAACUAAGAAACUUCUACAGAAAGUUGGAGGCGAAGGGCUACGGCCAAGGACCGGGCAAGAUUAAGCUGCUCAUCAGGAGAGAACAUCUGCUGGAGGGAACCUUCAACCAGGUGAUGGCGUACUCACGCAAAGAACUGCAGAGGAACAAACUCUAUGUCACCUUUAUCGGGGAGGAGGGGUUAGAUUACAGUGGUCCUUCCAGAGAGUUCUUCUUCCUUCUGUCUCAGGAGUUGUUUAAUCCAUAUUAUGGUCUGUUUGAAUACUCUGCCAACGACACGUACACCGUUCAGAUCAGCCCCAUGUCUGCGUUUGUCGAGAACCAUCUGGAAUGGUUCCGUUUCAGUGGUCGCAUCCUGGGUCUGGCUUUGAUUCACCAGUAUCUGCUGGACGCUUUCUUCACCAGACCCUUCUACAAGGCCCUGCUCAGACUGCCCACAGACCUGUCAGAUCUGGAGUAUCUGGAUGAGGAGUUCCAUCAGUCCCUGCAGUGGAUGAAAGACAACGACAUCACCGACAUCCUGGACCUCACCUUCACUGUCAACGAGGAAGUCUUCGGUCAGGUAACGGAGCGGGAGUUGAAGUCAGGCGGCUCCAACCUCCAGGUGACGGAGAAGAACAAGAAGGAUUACAUCGAGCGAAUGGCCAAGUGGAGGGUGGAGAGAGGAGUGGUGCAGCAGACGGAGGCUUUGGUCAGAGGCUUCUACGAAGUGGUGGACUCCAGGCUGGUGUCGGUGUUCGAUGCCCGGGAGCUGGAGCUGGUCAUUGCAGGGACCGUUGAGAUCGACCUCAGUGACUGGAGGAACAACACGGAGUACAGAGGAGGUUACCAUGACAGCCACAUCGUGAUGCGCUGGUUCUGGGCGGCUGUCGAACGCUUCAACAACGAGCAGCGCCUGCGUCUGCUGCAGUUUGUCACGGGGACGUCGAGCGUGCCGUACGAAGGCUUCGCCGCCCUGCGCGGAUCCAACGGCCUGCGACGCUUCUGCAUCGAGAAGUGGGGCAAAGUCACGUCACUGCCCAGGGCUCACACCUGCUUUAACCGCCUGGACCUGCCUCCGUACCCGUCUUACACCAUGCUGUAUGAGAAACUGCUGGUCGCUGUGGAGGAAACCAGCACGUUUGGCCUGGAGUGAGCGACGCGGUGAAACUCUGGCUGAGCCAGAACGUGAAAGAGUGAAAGAAGCCACUGCUGUGGGCUUUUCCUGAAUUGUACUGAACAAGGUUUGUGGUCGUGUGACUGUUAUGAUGCAGUGAAGUUGGUGAAGUCUUUCACCAGCACUGAGUGCACCACAGCAGGACUGGAGUUAUUUUUAUACACUGGUGGUUUGUACAUACCCAAGGAAACAGGAUUUCGAGUUGCAUGAAUAAAAUGCAUCAUUCAUAAAAAUACUUAACAAAUGUUAUAACAAAGAUGUUCAAGAAAAACUGAACAAAUGGAGAAACAUUUAAAGAAAACUAACAUACCUGAUUUAAAACUUUGAAUCGACAGAAAAGAUUUAAGUAAUCAAGUAAUAAAUCACACAAUAUAUCGAAUUUAAUGUACAGAAGAAAUGGAUUAAGAAGAGAAAGAGAAGCUUUAAUAGGAGCAUGUUUGACAAGUCAAAAGAGGAAAGAUUAAAAGUCCAGUUACUUGAAACAUGAAAAGAUCGUUUGUAUAUUCUAACAAAUCUUCUCUGUUCAUUCAAACUGAAUUGUUUGCUAUUGGCGUGUGCAAAGUUCUGCACACGGACUCUCAGGUAGUUUGCUGCUCUGAUAUAAUUCAGAUAUUAAUAAAUGAUAUAAUCUAUAAUAAAUGUUGCUUUAAAGGAGCGGCUCAAAUUACGAUGAAGACAAGCAACAAUCAUGUCUCAUUUUUAAUCCACGAGGACUGAGACAGGACAGAAAUACAGACGAAAGGAAAAACAAUCAAAUGUAAAAUCACAGCCAGUGAACGUCAUUCAAUGAUCGACAGCAGCAGGUGAUCAGAGGACGUCCACACAGCUGCUGUUAGUGUGUCCACCGACGGGGCUUCAAAUAUAUGAAACAUCAGUUUACAGCAGCAGUGAGUGUAACGAACAACAGCCGAGUCAGGGAAACGAGAAGAUUUGGCUUGGAUAAGAAAAGGAGGAAUCACCGGCAGAAACAAUGAAGCCAUGCAUACACACUGGGUUGUUGUGCUUCUAGUUACUGUGGCACUUCAGGAGGACACUUUGAGAGUUUAGAGUUCAGCACUGGAGAAAGACAAAUACACAAUAAGCAACUGUCCUUGAGUCUUAUUCAGAGGCAGCAGAUCCACUUAAAGGAAGUAGAGUAACGUCUUGAAUGUGUGGAAACAGACUUUGCAUCUACUACAACGCUCUAUUCUUGUAAUAUGGAGUGUGUGUGUGUGUCGCACAGGAAGGUCCAGGUUAAACCUGAUGAUGACGAUGAAGAUGAUGCUUAUCAUCACUGAAUGGAGUCAGUCUCUCCAAGCUUUUUCUGAUGUCAACAAAGUAGCCAUCAAUACCAACGCAAGGGCUUCUGGGAUUGCUUCUAUGGAGACUUCAGUGUGUUCAUGUCUUCAUGGUAAAGACCAUGUGUGUGUGUGUGUGUGUGUGUGUGUGUGUGUCUACUCCAGCUGUUUAAAGGCCACUGACAGUGACUCGUGUGCCGUUGUCCAGAGAAGCACUCUGGUCCAGGUCCUGCUGUCUGAACUCGUACUCAAGUCUUCCACUGAUGAACUGUAACGUGGUGUUGCUCUGUGCACGGAGCAGGUUCUCCAACAUCCCAACUGCUGGGCUCCAUCAGAUCUGCCUGCUAGACCCGAUCCGGCUGGACCCGAUCCGGCUGGACGCGAUCCAGUUGGACGCGAUCCUGCUGGACCCGAUCCUGCUAGACCCUCGGAUGAACCAGUGUAAUAUAUGCAAUAGUUAAAGGCUGCUCCACUGUGGCUCAGACUGCACACUGACUGAGUGUUCCUCCUUAUUCCAGAACAGACACCGUGCCUCACUUCCUGACUGUCUCACGUGAGACACAUCCAGAGUUCUUUUCUCUUCUUGAUCAAACACAACAUGAAUCAGUCUCAAGUUUAAGUUUAUAUUCACCAACAACAAAAGCUAAAUGCUAACAUUUUAAUCUAAUUUGCUCGAUGUUGUAAAGGUUUAAUCUGUAAUCUACAUACAUGUGUAAGUGAACAGUCAGUCACUGUGGGAAACACAACAAUCAGCUGUUUGUGACGCUGAAUCCACCACAUUAUGUAAAGAGGCAAAGCAGGUUAAAGGUCAGUGUGGUGAGACGAUGAUGAUGAUGAUGAUGAUGAUGAUGAUGACGAUGAGUCCUGGUGCGAGGCUGGGAUUAUUUUGCAUUCACUGUCUUUUUUUCUAUGAAUCUUUUCUACUCUUAUUUCUACUGUGACGUGACUCUGACUAAAGGGAAGUCCUGAAACUUUCCUCAAUGUUUUUUGUUUGUUUGAUGACGACGAUGAUGACGAUGAUGAUGAUGAUGAUGAUCGGUAUGAAGAGUUUUAAGCCUCAGUGUCUGUUUUUCAUUAGAAAUAUUAACAUUUCCGGUUAUUUGUUGUGACAUGUAUCCGUGCAUUGAAGGAACAGCUCGGGUCUUUGGCCUGUGGUUGUGUUUAGUUACUGAUAAUAACUACACUGUCACUGUUACUCACUCACCUGAACCAAAGUCCUGAUCCACUGCUGCCUCCAUCACUGAGUGCUAACGUGUUUGAAACUCUCUGAGUGAAUGAGGCAGCAGCAGAGCAGCAGCUCCUAAAAACACUCAUUGUCUCUGUGAGCAGUUUAUAAACUGAAGUGUCCUUGUGUCUCUGCUGCCUGUCUUAGGAUGGUUCUUGGCGCACAGGGGCCAGCAGGGGGCGCACAGAGCUAAGACUGUGUAUUAACCACACUUCAAAAACCACUCAACUAUCACUUUAAGCUACAUUUCCAUCACUGAGGUUCUUGUUUGACUGUACCGUACAUUUCAUAGUCACAUGUAUUCAGCAAGUAAUGUGUGUUUUGAGCAGUUUUUUUAUUAUUUUUAAUUAUUAUUAUCAUCAUUAUUAUUAUCAUUGUUGAUAUUUUUGUAUGAAGUUUGGUGUCACAUGUGAAGACAGUGUACUAAAGCCAGGCUCUCGUGUUGUAGAUCUUCAUCACUGUUAUUCCCAGAACUCUAAUACAUGAAUGCACUGAGUCAAGCUAUCAUAGAAAUAUUUAAGUAAACAAAAUCAUGGGUGUCUACAGAAGGGUGACGUGGUGGCAUAUUGUAGCGCGGGUUUGGUAUUUGUGUCUUUUUUAAGUUAUUGAUUUGUUAUUUAUUGGUUUUCAUUUUUUUUAAAAAGGGACUCAAACAAAGGGAAUAUAAUGUAAAGGACUUGGUGGAUGGUGACAACUUUACAUGGGAGGAAACUCUGAAGCAUGACGUGUGUUUUAUUAUUAUUAUUAUUAUUAUUAUUAUUAUUAUUGUUGUUGUUGUUGUUGUGUGUGUGUGUGUGUGUGUUAUACACAGCUCUGUUUCUGUCUGAGAACAGGUUGUUGAACACUCAGGCUGUGCUAACAGUGCUAACAGUGCUAACAGUGCUAACACUCAACCAUACCAUACAACUGUUUAAGGAGCUCAAUAAAAAAGGUCACUUUGUUA